GGAGCAGAAGCCAUGUUGCUGUGCUCUUUGGUCUUCACCCUCAUCCUGCUGGUAGUCUCUGGAAACGAAUGUGCUGUGAAGGAAGUUUGUGUUGGGAACCCAGGCAUCCCCGGCACUCCAGGAUCCCAUGGUCUGCCGGGCAGAGAUGGGAGAGAUGGUGUCAAAGGAGAUCCAGGACCACCAGGCCCCAUGGGCCCCCCUGGAAGAAUGCCAGAAUUCUCUGGGUGUAAUGGGCUGACUGGAGCCCCCGGCAUUGCUGGCCAGCGUGGAGACAAGGGAGAUCCUGGCGAGAGGGGCCCUCCAGGGCUUCCAGCUUAUCUAGAUGAAGAGCUCCAAACCACGCUUCACCAAUUCAGACAUCAAAUCUUGCAGUCAUUGGGAGUCCUCAGUUUGCAGGGAUCCAUGCUGGCAGUGGGAGAGAAGGUCUUCUCCACAAAUGGGCAGUCGGUCAAUUUUGAUGACAUUAGAGAGACAUGCGCGAGAGUGGGUGGCCGCAUUGCUGUCCCGAGGAAUCCAGAGGAGAAUGAGGCAAUUGCAAGCAUCGUGAAGAAGUAUAACAUUUAUGCCUACCUGGGCCUGGCUGAGGGCCCCACCCCUGGAGAAUUCUACUAUCUGGAUGGGGCCCCUGUGAAUUACACCAACUGGUACCGAGGGGAGCCCAGGGGUCGGGGCUCAGAGAAGUGUGUGGAGAUGUACACAGAUGGGCGGUGGAAUGACAAGAACUGCCUGCAGUACCGACUGGCCAUCUGCGAGUUUUGA